AUGGCGAGCUGCAGCAUGGCUUCUGCUGCAUUAGGUUUUGGUUUGACACCAAAUGUGAUCAGCUCAAACACAAGUACAACUUCCAAGAGUGGCAUGCUCUUCUUCCAUUCCAAGAAUCCUGCCACCAACAGUAAUUUGAGGCUUGUUGUACGCGCCGCCGAUGAAGCUGCCGCCGCCCCAGCUGAGACCACCACCGCAACUGAAGAAGCUCCUAAGGCCGCCCCCAAGCCGCCGCCGGUUGGACCCAAGAGAGGAGCAAAGGUAAGAAUUCUGAGGAAGGAAUCAUACUGGUACAAGGAUGUGGGAUCAGUUGUUGCAGUUGAUCAGGAUCCCAAGACUCGCUACCCAGUUGUUGUGAGGUUUAGCAAAGUGAACUACUCAAAUGUAUCUACCAACAAUUAUGCAUUGGACGAAGUCGAAGAAGUCGCAUAA